UAUCAUUAAAUUAAAUUUGGUCGAACCUAAUUGAAUCCGAUCGAACGAUAUUGACCCAUGACCAAAAAAGUUUUCAGUUUAGUUACAGGUCCAGUUUUUAAAAUAUUGCUAUUUUUCUUAUAUAUAUAUAAUUUAAAAUAUUUUAAUUAUAUACUCUGUAACAAAACUAUUUUCUUAUAUUUUGAAGAAAAGACAAAUAAAACAUUUGGGGCCUCGUUCAUUUUUAUAAAAGCCCAAAAAGUUACAAAAACGCCGGCACGUGGUAACUCAGGUGACAGGUGAUGGCUCCAAUUGGGGCUGUUAUCUGGGUCCCACGUGGGAACCCACGUGUAAGAAAGCAAAGGAAGCCCCCAUCAUCCUCUUCGCGUUUUCCUUCCCCUAACCAAAACUCCGUGCUUGCACCAAACAAAUCUCUUCUCCCCCUCCUCCUAAACUGUGUGUAGACUCUCUCUCUCUCUCUCAUUACAGCAAAACAAAGAUUCUUUAAUCGUUCAUUGACAUGAGUCUGUGUAGCGACGGAUUAUCAAGCGAUCCCUACUUCUUGGUUAAUUUCAUAAUGAGCCAUUAUAUAGGUCCUGACGUGUUUUCAGAUAUCCCAAGAUGCUCUGCUUCUCAAAGACUAUCAAAACGCUUGCCUCCUUACACCCCCAAGCAAAUCGGAUCCUCCUCUCUAACCGUUGCUCAGCUACAGAACUUGUACUAUUACGUUCUCAGAAACGCUAGCUCCUCCCUCCUCCUUCAUCCUGACAUGGUUCUUAUGUACCUCAAGGGUUAUCUACCUAUGGAGCCAAGCGGAGAGCUUCAUCAGUUCACUCAUUAUUUCCCUACGAGUCUCCACCCGCAGAAAAGGUAUUCCCCGAGUCUCGAGAUUGUCAAGGGCAUUGUUGUUAUUGAUGAUCCUGCUCUUGCGUUUAUAAGAGAGGGAGAGGUCCAGAGAUUCAGAUGCUUGUCACGUUUGGAUGAUCUUAGAAUAGAUAGGGUCGUGUCUUUGGCUCCUCGACCUGUCAAGCUUCUGGAUGAAAACCGAGGAACCGAGCAGGAGUGUUUAAGUAAUGGAGAAGUGACAUCAAAUGGUCUUGUCAGUGACCAAGAACUUCAAGACACUAGCAAAAGAAAGAAAGUGGAGGAAGCAGUUGCUGUUGAUGCUGUUUGUGUAAACAGUGAUCAUAUCCCAGAAGGACUAUCAGGAGACAUACCACAGAGAAAGGGAACGGAGCAGGAGGAAGCGAUGUCCAAUGGACUUGUCACUAACCAAGAAUGUAACUCAUCUGCUGAGCCUCUAGAAACAUGCAAGAGGAAGAAAGAUGAAGAAGAAGCAGUUUCUGCUCAAGCUUCUUGUGGUGUCAUCAGCAAGACCCCAGAAAGAUUUCGAGAGACUUACAAGAGAAGACGGUUCAAAAACUCAUCAACAACAGCAACAAACAACAAGAAUGGAGAAACUCUUAUGGAAAGAGACAAAACAGAUCCGCCACUUGUAAUUGUUCCUCCUGAGAUGAAGGAAUGUGAUGAAGAACCAACGGUUGUAACUAAAGGAACAGCAAGUAGAGGAACAUCCAUUGGUGUUGUCGACAUUGGCGUCAACAACGUUGCUUACUUUUUCCAGGUGGCUCUGCCCGGUGUCAGCAAAGAGAACGAUAAGUUCAGCUGUGAGAUUAAAUCAGAUGGAAAGGUUAUAAUUGAGGGAUCAACCACAAUAGGACAGAAGACGGUAGAGAGGCAUUCUCGUGUUUUCAAGAUGAAUAGCCGGACGCUGUGGCCUCCUGGACCGUUCAAGCUGUCCUUUAACCUCCCAGGACCAGUUGAUCCGCGGUUUGUCUCUCCUAACUUCAGAUCAGAUGGUAUCUUCGAGGCUGUAGUUAUCAGACAGAAAGACACUAUCUAGACCAGAGGUUCCUUCAAGCUAAGUAACAGGAUCUCUGUAAAUCUUUUUGUGAAUGGGAUAUAGAAGCUAGGCCCAAUCAAACAGACAUCUCUCUCAAUUUUUUGGACAUGAAGCUGUUGCUUUUUUGCUAACUAGGGUUGUUACUAGUUAACUCUUUCCACUAUUGAUCCCACAAUGU